AUGUCUGCGAGAGCACCGAUCCUCAAGAAGUGCCCGGCCAGCCACUGUCGUUGGCAAUCCGAAUCAGACGUCGAUGUCCGCGGCCACAUUAUCGAUGUCCACAGAAAAGCUCCAGAACAGAUGCUAUGCGGAGAAUACACCAUCAAAACCAACCACUAUAGGCGAAAGCACCGAGAAAACUGCGGCUACUGCGAGCCUGGGAGCCUAGCGGCGCCGGCUGUCAUUCCGUCCAUCGAGAACGAUGGCGGCUCUGACUCCAAUGGUACUCCUGAGCCCGAUAUCCGAGAAGGCGAGGCCUCCCCGGCCAGUCAAAACAGAUGGAUGCUCUUUAACGGCCAUAACUAUGGAAUCAUUCAAUUGACGGUCAACGGAUGCUCUUCCUCAUCUCGUAGCUGCAGCGGCGACUCGAACUAG